UUUCUUCUUUUUUCUUUCUCUUUCCCUUGAACAUGUCAUUGACGGCCUCGGUGACAGGGCCGAGCCCUACUUCUUUUAUACCAUCAACAACAUCAUCCAUCUAUUCGAUACCUACCAGUUUAUCAUCAGUGAAUGGGUCAUCUAUCAUUACAUCAUCUCCUACAGUCUUUACAUCUACCAACAACACUAUACCAACAUCCACAAUCACUACUGCAACGUCCACAACGACUCCAGGUUCUAUUUUUCCUGGAGGUGAAAAAUUUUUUAAUACGCAAAAUCCAAGUAAACCAUCUAUACAGUUUGGGAUUUGUGCCGUGGCUGGCCUUGUGUUUUUCAUUGCCUUUUGUUUCCUAAGAGUAAGACUUCCUGUUAUGUUCGCACCACGUAAAAACAUGAAGAGACAUAAACCACCAGAGUUAUCCAAUUCUUUUUUUGGCUGGAUUAUACCUGUAUUAAAAGCCAGCACUGAAGAAAUGCUACUCAAUGUUGGUUUGGACGCGGUUCUGAUGCUUCAUUUUCUUGUAAUGGCAAUGAAGAUAUUCGGCUUGUGCUCAAUAUUUGGUGUCAUCGUACUGAUUCCGAUUAGUGCAACAGCUAAAAAUAAUGAAAAAUCAAUGAGUGACAUUGAAAAAAUAUCCAUCACUCACACUGAAGACGGAGACUUGCGACUGAUUGCUUUUCUGGUAUUUACCUAUUUUGUUACCAUUGUUACUCUCUAUUACUUGACACAGAGUUAUUACAACUACGUCUAUUUGCAUGCAAAGUAUAUGCUCAACCAGUCUAAACAAAUGGUCAGUCGAUCAGUCAUUAUCACUGGUAUUCCAGAGCGGCUUAGAUCGGAUCAAGCUUUAGCAGAGUAUUACGAAAACUUGGGAAUCGGCCCUGUUGAAAGCUGUUAUGUUGUACGAACCGUUCACCAAUUGGAUAAGCUUAUCAAACAGCGAGCCUCUGCUUUGACGAAGCUGGAGAAAGCCUAUGCCAAAUAUUGGGGCAACCCUUGUCGGAUACCAGGUUACGAUCCGGAUAUAAUAUUAGAUGAUGUAGAAAUGUAUAAAAAGGUCCUUGAUUUAGCCGAAAAGAGAAACGAUAGUAGUAGUAGCAGUAGUGAUAGUGAAGUAGAGGAUGAGAACGGGAAUAAGCAGAAAAAAAAGCCUUUUGCACUACGUUUAACAAAAAAGAACACUUGGAAACGAGCUGUAAACACCACGUUUUUUAAGGGACUCAUCGAUCCUUUGGAACAAGAGAAAAGGUCAAAGCGGCCAACAGUGCGUACAGGUUUCUUGGGUUUAUUUGGGCAGAAAAUAGAUGCUAUUGAGUAUUAUACUGUGUUAUUUGACAAUUUAGAUAAAAUGGUGGCCGAAAAAAGACGCUCACCUCAUUACGAGAUGACAAACGUUGCCUUUGUCACGUUUGAGCAUAUGAGUAGUGCUGUCAUCGCCUCCCAAAUUGCCAUUCAUCCUGAACCCUUUGCAUGCCGUACUAUCUUGGCUUAUGAACCAAGAGAUGUUUUAUGGUCUAGUGUUGCCAUCCGUGGCCGUGAACGGAUUAUAAGAGAGAUUAUCGUCUGGGCAAUUACUAUUGCGCUCGUCAUCUUUUGGUUUGUACCUGUCACUAUCUUAUCAUCUCUCUUGAGUCUAGAAACGCUCAAACGUGUUAUACCUAAACUGGCUAAGGCGAUCGAAGGCAACGAAGCCUUGAAAGGUUUUGUGUCUUCAUUCGUGACAACUGUAGCACUUAAUAUUGUUACUUCUGUGCUGCCCUUAAUCUUUGAUGGUAGAGUUAUCACUAAAACACAAGCGCAACAAACUAACAAGAUGAUUAUCAUAGCUCUAGGAUAUUAUCAAGGUUUACGAUCGCGUAGUGCCAUUGCCGAAUCGACCUUUAGCAAAUAUUUCUUCUUCUUGGUCUUUUUCACAUUGAUUACGUUUACUUUAGCUAAUGCAAGUAUGCAAACGGUUAUCGAUUUUGCAAACAAUCCAACUUCUAUUCCAGAAAGACUAGCUGAUACACUUCCUAACAUUGCCCCCUUCUUUAUCAAUUAUGUUAUUUUACAAGGAUUUUUGCUAAUGCCAAUGAAUCUGUUAUUACUGGGAGCACUUAUCGUGCGCGGCUUUUAUCAUGCCUUUAUUUGUAAAACUCCAAGAGACCAUGCUGAAAACAGAGCUCCCUGGUCAUUCAAUUAUGGCACUGGCUAUCCUGUGCCUUUACUUGUAUUCAUUAUUGUUCUUGAAUACUCAUGUAUCUCGCCAAUCAUCAUGGUAUUUGGUGCAAUUUACUUUUGCUUCACCUACGUCGUAUACAAAUAUCAGUUCCUUUAUGUUUAUUUUAGGCCAUAUGAAGCUGCUGGUAGAUUAUGGAUCAUGACCGUCCCUCGUAUCAUCUUUGGACUUGUAUUAUUUCAAUUAACCAUGACUGGCUACUUUGUCUUGAGAAAGUUUAUCGCAUUAGGUGCAACAUGCGCCCCAUUGAUUGCUAUUACUAUCCUUUACAAAUUUAUACUUGAUCGAGCGUUUUUGAAGAACGCACGUAAUUUGCCUAUGCAGUUGCUUCGCGAUAAUAUGCAAAAGUUACCAGAUGUUGUGGAUCCUUCAGACGAUGAUGACGAUGAUGACGACGAUGAUGAUAACUAUACUCAACAACAGCAAUUGAAGGAAGCAGAUCAUUCCAAAAAUAAAAAUAAUGAUACUACAGGCACAAACAGUACUGAAAAGGUUGACCGCGAAAAACAAAUGGUUAGAAACAAAUGGAAGACCGCUGCCUUAUCUGCAGUGCAGCUCCGAGUAAAGCCAAAGGAAGAAGAACAAACAAGUCCUGAGGCAUCCGCUGUAUCAAUUGUUAGACCAAGGCAUCGAAAAGUGGUGUUGGAUGAAGACGACUAUGAGGCAGUUCCUGAUAAAUUAACUGAUUAUCGACAGCCUCCAAUGCAGUUAAACCCUGGACUACUAGAUACCGGUUUGAAGAGAUAUGGUAAUCCUUGGAUCGUUGGUAUCCUACCACAGCUAUGGUUACCCAUGAAAGAACCAGAUAAGGCUCACAAAGAAGGAAAAGCACAGUCCAAACGCAAGCGUGCAAGUGACGCAUUCAAUCGUCGUUCAGAAGGAGGAGGCACCUUGGCUCAACACUUGGCAGAAGUUCUUAGAAGAAUGGAAAUGGAAGCCAAAAGGAAAGAGAAAAAGCCUGACGAAAAGAAUGAAGAUGACAAUAAAAGUAGUUCAGGACAAGAUAAUCAGCAACGUACAAAAAUUGCUCAGGAAACUGCCCAGAUGACUGCAGCAUCUUUGGCGGGUCAUUCUCCAAAUAACAAAACAUCUGCAUUACGAACCUUAUUCAAAAUGGGCGCUUUGAAAAAGCAAGGUCCAAAAGCAACGGCGGAUGCACAAAUAGACGAAGUAGCCAUGAGCCCAGUAGAGCCUCAACAUCAAGACCCACUUGAAGCACUUGAAAAGGGCUCACCUGUGAGACAUGAUAGUAGCGAAAGUAAGGCAUCUGCAGCUAAAUCCGUUCAUGCAACAUAUUAUCAUCAUCCUGAACGACGCAGGCAUCAUUCAGAAAACACAGCACACGCUACUCCUUCUAGGCCAGAGGCGCAUCAUUCUGGAGUAAGUUCUCCUGCUGCAUUUCAUGAUGAAUCUUUAACAGACGAUGAACAUGUGGAGGAUCAUGGAGAAGAACGUUUACCAACCAAGCGACUGAGUAGUGUGCCACUUAUUGAUAGAAGUAAAUAGUAUGUGAAUAAACAAAUUGUCGUGUAAAUAUAUUGCAAAUAAACAACAAGAUUUUAC